CGGCAACAGUUGAGGGACCCCGCCCUGGUUAGGACCUUGAAUCCAUCGGCUAUAUAAAGAAGAUCCAGGGCAUUUGCCAGCAGACAGCUCCGAAUUGGUGGGUCAACAUGAACGCCUUGACUGUACUCUCCGUCAUCGCUUUGGCUGCCUGCAGCAGCGGCCAAAUCUUCGGAUACCCUGGCAUCUAUGGAUACCCAGGCCUCAUCCCAGGGGCAUCUCCCAUCACUCUGAAGACUGUUGCAGCAGCAUCACCAGUGGCCGUCAACACAGUCGCCCCUUUGGCUUACAACGCCCUUCCAUUUGCCCCCGUGGCACCCAUCCAGACUCAGUACCACUCACAGGACGAACUCGGCCAGUACACCUUCGGAUAUGCCGGUGGUCCCGCCUCUCGCGCUGAGAGCCGUGAUGCCUUCGGUAUCGUCAGAGGAUCUUACAACUACGUCGACUCAGAGGGGAAGGUCCAGACCCAGCACUACGUGGCUGAUGCCCUCGGCUUCCGCGUCUCCGGCACCAACCUCCCCGUUGCCCCUGCUGCACCUGAACCCGCUGCCCUGGCUGCCCCAGCACCUGUAGCAGACACCCCAGAAGUCGCUGCCGCUAAAGCCGCUCACCAGGCUGCCCACAGCGAAGCCGCUGCCGCAUCUGCCGUUGCUCCUGCCCGCAAGAAGCGCGCCAUUCUGACUGCCCCCGGUGUAGCUGCCAUCUCUCCUCUCCGCUUCUCCUACGGGUUCUCCGCUCCUUUGACUUACAGCCACCCAGCUGUCGUUGGAGCUCCCCUGCAAUACACAGCUGCCGUAGGCGCUGUCCCUGGCUUCGCCCCUUACACUCCUGCUGCUUCUCCAGCUAUCACAGGCUACACACCUGGCUUCCCAGCAGUGACCGCCUACAACGCCGUAGCUACCGCAGCCCCAAGGGACGCCACUCUUCUGCGUGUGGUCAACAACCCCAACCACGCUGUCUCUUACCGCGUGGACUAAGCCCUACGAGUACCAGUCAUAGCUGUCUCUUCCUGAUGGUGCAGAAGCGUAGAUCACCAGUUGACGAAGAAGGAACGGUUUAACUUCACUUCAUCACCCACUGAUCGGUUAUUCCUUUGGUACUCCACGUUAUAAACCUGGAGUAACAAGGAUAACAUAAGCCUAAACUUUUAAAGAGAAACAGAAUUUGCAGUCCUCUUCGUCCUGGUGUUGACGCAAACGACCGACCUGUACAUAUACACGUCCAAAAGUUCAUGUUGUAUUUUCUUUCAUGUUUUGUCAGAUUUUGAUGUUUAAUAAAUAUUUCAUCUGAAAAAAUUUAUCAUGAUUCACCCUUUAACAAGACAAUGAAAUGCAAUACAAACUGUUGAGCCGUA